AUGGAGCGUUGGGCAAAAUUAACUUCUAAUUCUAUUGAUAAAUUCCAAAUUGAACUUGAAAAAAAGAAAAACACAUUUGAUUAUCCUGAUGCUCUGUCAGAUAUGAGAAUUUGCACAUCUUCCGAAGAACAAUUAGAAAAUGCACAAACAUUAACAGAUUGA